GGCGCCCUGGGGGCUGGCAGGACCCUGGCCCCAAGAUGGCGGCGCCCAGCGCAGUGGCCGCUGCUGCCUCCGGCGAGAGCGAUGGAGGGGGCAGCGGCUUUGAAUCGUGGCUAGACGGACGGUUGGAGGCGCUGGGAGUGGACCGAGCCGUUUACGGUGCCUACAUCCUGGGUGUCCUUCAGGAGGAGGAGGAAGAGGAGAAGCUGGACGCUCUGCAGGGUAUCCUCUCUGCUUUCCUGGAAGAAGAUUCCCUUCUUAACAUCUGCAAGGAGAUUGUGGAACGAUGGUCGGAAACUCAGAACGUUGUCACCAAAGUGAAAAAAGAAGAUGAGGUCCAGGCCAUUGCCACCCUCAUUGAGAAGCAGGCGCAGAUUGUGGUGAAGCCCAGGAUGGUGUCAGAAGAGGAGAAGCAGAGGAAAGCUGCGCUCCUGGCGCAGUAUGCUGACGUGACAGACGAAGAGGAUGAAGCAGAUGAGAAGGAUGAUUCAGGUGCCACCAUGAUGAGCACUGGUUCUGAGAAAUCCCUGUUUCGAAACACCAACGUGGAAGAUGUCCUUAAUGCCCGAAAACUGGAGCGAGACUCUCUUCGGGAUGAGUCCCAAAGGAAGAAGGAACAGGACAAGCUGCAGAGGGAGAGGGACAAGCUAGCCAAGCAGGAGCGCAAGGAAAAGGAAAAGAAAAGGACUCAAAGAGGAGAGCGAAAGCGAUAACCUUGGUCCACUCUAUUCUUUCUCCUCAUGAACUUGGUCAAAGGGAGAACUGGUUGUGCACUUGUGUAUUUAAGAGAAAUGAGAAAACAUUGCAAAAGUGGUUUCCCAAGGCAUUUCCCCUUUUGUUUACAUGGUCAAAAGGAAAAUCACAAACACUUCUAAUUACAAAAUGUGCCAUGUCUCUGUGAUGUGGGUAAGCAGAUUAUUGUAGUUGAUGUCUGUACCAAAGAUCUGGAAUGGGGGCAAUCUUUAUAUUUUAAUACUGAAGUCCUGUACUCCUUUUGGCCACUUUAAAAAGUCUUCCCUCACCUGGGAUAAAGAGCAGGAAUAUUCAGAAAGCUGACAGUUUUUGUCCUGAAGGAGCAGAAUCAUGACCACUCCUUCCCUGAGAUGAAAUGUAGGAGUGUCAAUUGCUUCAGAAGUAGUAUUCACCCCUAAAUGUAUUGUUUUAUGGCUGAAAUAGGAAGCUGAUGAAGAGCCCCACCUGGAUCCAGACUUUAUGUUACAUGGCAACAAACUAGGAAAACGAGAAGUUAUUUGGUGGCUGUUCUACAUUUGAGAUUUUUUAAAAGUUUCAGCCUAUGGUAGGAAACAAAGUGUCUUUUAAUAAGAGAUAGUUAUAUAUUUUUCCUUAUCUGGGCUGUGAUUUUUAUUUUUAUUUUUUUUGCGGUACGUGGGCCUCUCACUGUUGUGGCCUCUCCCAUUGUGGAGCACAGG